GUGCCGUAAUUGUUAGAUUCCUUGUCCGAUGAAGUCGGUUUGGCGCCAACUGCAGUUUUGUCUCGAAUAGCGAACCGCACGUGCCAGCAGCAAGAAUUAUCUGCGUUCCAAUCAAUGUCAGCGCAUCCUGGCAUUUGUCUCUUUGGCUUACACGGCUACAUGCGAAAUGCCUGCUUUUCAUGACACCUAUGAAGCUCAUCCACUGGCGAACAGCACCAACCAUACACGACCUCCCCUCCCCUAUCAAUCCAAAUCCUCUUGGGCGAGUGUGUCUUAUCAAACAAACCGCUCGUUGAACAGGUUCACUCAGGUCGAACCUGCUGGAAUACCCCCUGUGUCCGAGAAGCUUCUCCGCACGGCCCAACAACUCGUCAAGGGGGCAGCUCGGUCACGUAUGCUGGACGUCAUUGCACGCUAGAAGAAUCCCGAAGCUGGCGCCCGCCCACGCUUCUUUCUCGUGGGAUAUCAGUAGUGUCUUAUUUGAUCGUUGCCAGUUUCCAGAACAGAGCAAGUUCUUUCUCUUCUUAUAUAUCCAGUUAGUGCUCCUGAAACGUGAACUAUAUCAUCCAGCCACUCCGCAAGACAGAAUCAAAGAGUCGAAAGGAAGACAAAAAAAAAAAAAAAAA